ACAUUUAGAUCUGCUUUUUUAAAACUAUACGAUGUGUUUGCCCUCAUAGUUGCCAACACUGAACUAACGGUGCAAUAAUGGCCAACAAGAGGUGUGUCAACCCCUUUGUCCAUCGGUUCCAGUUUCGGACCAUUGAUUACAUACAGCUAAUCAUCGGCUCAAUAAUACUGGUGCCCAUACGUGUGGUGCUAACGCUGUUCCUAUUUCUCGUGGCGUCAAUGAUAGCAAAGUUUGCAAAUUAUUUAUUAGACAAUUGGAAACUCGAUAAAGAAGAUGAAAGCAAAUGGAGGUCUUAUCUACGAGUGCCGUGUGUUAUGACUUUUAGGGCAAUGUUUUUCUGCGCCGGCUUUCAUCGGAUGAAAAUUGUGGACAAGGGCGGUCCCAACGCCGACAAAGAGGCCCGUGUAAUAGUGGUCGCUCCGCACACAUCACCGUUUGACGUGUUAAGCGGUAUUGGACUGAAAAUCCCGGCCCCUGUGGCCCGACACGACUCGAUUGAUAUGCCUUUAUUCGGAAAUGUGAUCAAAAUAACUGAUCCCGUGUUUGUCCAAAGAGACUCCCAGUCGUCGAGGAAUAAUGUGCUGAGCAGUGUCUUAGAGAAGAUUAAAUUUGUCCGCAUCUUCUUCUUUCCCGAAGGCACGUGUACUAAUCGGCGAGCGUUGUGUCAAUUCAAAGCCGGUGCCUUCAAGUUAGGUCUACCCGUGCAACCGGUUGCCCUCAAAUACGACCAAGGUGAUGGACCCGACACACUCAGCUGGACCUGGGAUGGGCCGGCCGUUUGGAAAUCUAUUUGGUUAACUCUGUGCCGGUUUAACACUAGCCUAGAGGUAACCAAACUUCCCGUCUAUUAUCCGUCACCCGAAGAGCUAAAAGAUCCCGAACUCUACGCCUAUAACGUAUCGGUGUUGUUGUCCCGAGAGUUGGAUUUGCCUAAUCUCUACUACUCUUACGAUGACGUGAAGUAUUUACAGCACAAGUGA